UACAACCAAAACAAAACAACUUAAACUUUAACAAUAUGUUCAAAUUCAUCGCUGUCUGCUUCUUCGCUUUGUUGGCUGUUGCUGCCGCUAAACCCGGUUUGGUAGCUCCUUUGGCUUACUCUGCUCCCUUGACUUAUGCCGCCGCUCCCGCUGUUGUUGGUCAUGCUUCUUAUGUAGCUCCUUAUGCCUCCACCUAUAAUGCUCACCAUAUUGCUCACUCUGCUGCCUUCCCUGCUGCUUAUGCUGCUGCUCCAGUUGUAGCUGCUCAUUAUGCUGCUGCUGCUCCCGUUGUAAGUGCUGCUUAUGCUGCUCCCCUUGCCACUCCCUUCGCCGCCCCCGUUUUGUUGAAGAAGUAAAUCAGAAAAUUGAAUUUUAAAACAAUAAAUCACUUAACUACGAAAGACUGAAA